CGUGGAGCGCCACCUAACAAGAAGAUGACCCGAAGUUGCUCGGCAGUGGGCUGCAGCACCCGGGACACCGUGCUGAGCCGCGAGCGGGGCCUCUCCUUCCACCAGUGCGUGAGAGCGGCCGCCGCGCUAACUCCCAGCACGGCCGGCUGGCUGCAGGCCGGGGGCGGGGCCGGGCGGGGCGUCCCCCGCGACGUGGCGCGACGUGCGUAGCGUGGGACUGGGCGGAGGGACUGGGCAACCUUGAGAGCGAAGGCCGUUCUUCACCUUGGUGCUCGGUGCCUUUGGCGGCUUUGCAUUCUCACGGCUUACCGCUGCCCGACAGCGUUUAGCACGAGUUAAAGGAGUCUUGCUUCCUGUCGGCGUCUUACUGCAGGGGAAGGGAAUGCAGUUUAGAAGUGCCGUUGAAGGCGUGAGCUUUCAUCGAUUAGAGUGUGGGGCUCGCCCGGGCGAUGUGUGCAGAUCAGUUUUGUUAGUGAACUGAACUCGAGUUCGCUCCCCCACCGCGCUGCAAAGCCAGUUUACUGACCAGGUUGUGGUUCGGCGUUAGUUGCACAGUGCCAAGCAAGGAGAACCGGGGUCCAUGCUCAAAAGACCUAAAUUCCUCGAUGGGCUUGUAGAGUUUUGAAAAGCAGUCUUGGGGUAAAGGCUGCGGAGUGCAUGAAUUUAUUCGGAUUGAGUGGGAGUGAGGUAACAGGGUGGUGUUUGGAGAAUGUCAAUCAUCAGGCUUCUGGUUCCAAUAAAUUGGGUCCAAGUGCUUGUGGUCAGCGACUAGUCACUAUCUUCCAGCUGGGCAGGGGUUAGUUUUUGCAGAACAACUUAAAGAUAGCCAUCAGGCUAUUACGUACAGCCCUUGAGGAGGAUCUUGGACUCUGUCUUAUCAUGGAACUAUCGUUCGUGCUCUCUGGCUUAACUGCCCCCCCCCCCCCGCAUUCCCUCACUUCCUUAGUUAGAAUUUGCCUGUGUCUGCUUUUUGGAGAUCAGGGAAGGCCUAGGAGACUAAAGGGUUUUUUUAAAAUUUAAUUUGAUUUUUUACUUUUCUUUAGAACAAGAUAGUAGUGGGAGGGGGCUGGGGGAGGUCGUUGUGAAGCAAGACGGCCUAUGGAGGGGCUUUUGUGCCCGGCGGGGCCCGCAGGGGACUCUUGAUUUCGGAUUUUCACUGCCUAUCAUUGGUAGUUGUUCAGUAUCCUUAGGCUGCACUCUGCAAGCCUAGUCGCACUCAGGAUGUAUCUUAUCAUGGCAAGGAUGUUUCCUUUGGCUCAAAAGUGGGUGUUGUUUUCAGGCCCGUCUAAUCUGAACCCGCAUCUGUCGUCCAGUCUGGUAUAGGCCAUUGAAAUCAGAAGUAGAAAAGUGGAUGGAACAGAUCCUCACAGACAAAAAGAAAUGUACACUGUUUUUUUUUAAGUGGUAGUCUAUUAAGGCAACACGAAGUAUAGAGUUGAGCCACCGAGAGAGCACUUUUAUGAAAAGACCAAAAAGAUCUCAUGGGACCAGCGGCAUUUGAGUUGGACCUUGAACCUUAACCUAGAUCCGUGGAGGGGGAUGGUAGGGUGGGAGGAGGAUAUUAAGUAGGAAGAGCAUGGAAAAAUAUUAAGGAAUGGAAAGUGAAGAUACAAUGUAGAAAAAGUAGCCUGGAGAUAAAUUAUCUAAAAAAAACUUAGGGAGUUUCAAGGGUGCCUGAUAGGCCUUUUGCAGUAUUGCUUAUUUUAAAUAGGGCUGUUCCUCCAUCUAGGCUGUUAUAAUUGUAUCCUUUCUUCUCUGGGAUUUGUUUCCAUCAAUUGGUUCCUGUUCUCUUUUUAUCUUCAACUGCUCUCUCUGCUGGUUACUUGCCUAAAAACACUGAGCCUGCUCACAGUACUUCCAUUUUUAAACACAGAUAGGAAACCUCUUGAGCCUAUGUGUACCUCUCUCUUCGCCACUACUCGCCUUCCCUUUAUAGCCGGGCUCCCCCAAACAGGAGCAGACGUCUGCUUGUCUAAGUCCUGUUGGCUUUUCCACCUACUGUAAGCCAGGUAUCUGUCACCUCUAUAAGGAAACAGCACCGAGUGGCCAGUAAUCUUGCCACAUCUGCAGGAGCACUUCCCACUCCUUCUCUUGGCCUCUUAACUUUUAGUCAUAUGGACACUCCUUGAACCCCUCACCUCCCUUGGCUGUACAGACACUGUCUCCCUGGUUCUCUCCUUUGCCUUUCAUUUCUUCAUUUCUUCCUCAGCUUUUUGCUGCCCCGUUUCCUGACUUCUUCCUAGUUUCCUUCAAUAGGGAAGAACUCACUCAUUGCUUUUAUUUGCUUUAUAUACUAAGGACCAAAGUAAGAGCUGCUUAAUUUAAAAAAAAAAAAAAAAAAGGCGAUACAGUUAUUGCAAUAAUCUGCUGUGGUUUUUCCAGCAUGAGUUCCUUCCCAUUUAUUCCAUUUUCUAGAUUCCUGGAAAUGACUUUUUUUCAAAAUGCAAGUUUUAUGCCGGUUCCCUGAAGGAUUUUAAUCCCUUGGGCUCCUCAGUGCCUAAAAAACAGACUCCAAGCUUCUCUGUGAAGCCUUUCCUCAUACACCUCUCUUCCGACCUGAAUCACAUUCCCUCUGUAUCUCUUUCAUCGUAUGUGUGGGUGGAAUUAAACACACGUGUAGGAAGUUGUAAUGAAGGCAGGAUAGAACAGAGACAGGAAAAGGUGUUAAGAUACUAUGCUGUUAGUCCUAGUGACAAGGUUGAUACUGAUCUGAAGCAAGGGCUCAAGGAAAGGUAAUAGGGGAAGGAGAGACUUGGUCAACGUGCCAUGGCCUGAAGCUACCAUCUUCAGACUCGUGGUGGAGCUCUUUCCUUAAAAAAAAUCUGAGUGCAUGCCUUGGAUAUAUGCAUAGUGAUUUAUAUAGUCCAUACCUUCACGUAUGAAGGUAUGUACUAAUACGAAACACAAAAAUUAGAAGAUGGGGCAGAGCAUUAUAAAAAUAAAUUUUAAUCAUUUCUUCAACUCUCAGUAUAUGAGGGCGACUCCUGCGGUGGCCAUUGAGCUGAAGGAUGGAUCCAGAGCUUACUGGAAUGCAUGCAAGAUGCUUUGUGAUCUGACCUGCACUUUCCCAGCCCAUCUAUAACCACUCCCAGCCACCUCUGUACUCACCUUUCAAGCCUCCAAGUGACCUUAUUUUUAAUGCUUUAUCAGCCAGGAUGAUCCAAAUUUCCAACCGAUACCAUACAGCGCUCACAAUGGAUCAGGGCUGUUAAUCGUAUGGACCCCAGAAGCAAAAAGAUUUGGAUUCCAGGACCAGGUGCUAUGCUAUGUUCCAAACAUUUUCAAGAAAGUGACUUUGAGUCAUAUGGCAUAAGAAGAAAGCUGAAAAAAGGAGCAGUGCCUUCUGUUUCUCUAUACAAGGUUCUCCAAGGUGCACACCUUAAAGGUAAAGCAAGACAGAAAAUCCUUAAACAGCCGCUUCCUGAUAAUUCUCAAGAGGUCGCUACUGAGGACCACAACUACAGUUUAAAGGGGCCCCUGACCAUAGGAGCGGAGAAACUGGCCGAGGUGCAACAGAUGCUGCAAGUGUCCAGAAAGAGACUUGCCUCUGCGAAAAACUACAGGAUGAUCAAGAAGAGAAAGGGCUUACGAUUAAUCGAUGCUCUCGUCGAAGAGAAACUACUGUCGGAAGAAACGGAGUAUCUGCUACGAGCACAGUUUUCCGAUUUUAAGUGGGAGUUGUAUAACUGGAGAGAAACCGCUGGGUACUCCACAGAAAUGAAGCAGUUUGCAUGUACACUCUACUUGUGCAGCAGCAAAGUCUAUGAUUAUGUAAGAAAGAUCCUCAAGCUGCCUCACUCUUCCAUCCUCAGAACAUGGCUGUCCAGAUGCAAACCCGGUCCAGGUUUCCACAGCAACGUUUUUUCCUUUCUUCAACAAAAAGUGGAGAAUGGCGACCAGCUCUACCAGUACUGCUCCCUGAUAAUAAAAGGCAUCUCUCUGAAGCAGCAGCUUCAGUGGGACCCCAGCAGUCACCAGCUGCAAGGGUUUAUGGACUUUGGUCUCGGCAAACUGGAUGCUGAUGAAAUGCCCCUCGCCUCGGAGACUGUUGUGCUCAUGGCCGUGGGUAUUUCUGGUCAUUGGCGAACACCUCUGGGUUAUUUUUUUGUAAACAGGGCUUCUGGAUAUUUGCAAGCUCAGCUGCUUCGCCUGACCAUUGGCAAACUGAGUGACAUAGGGGUCACGGUUCUGGCCGUCACGUCCGAUGCUACAGCUGACAGUGUUCAGAUGGCAAAGUCGCUGGGGAUCCGUAUGGACGGAGACAACAUGAAGUGUACGUUUCAGCACCCUUCCUCUUCCGGGCAGCAGGUCGCCUACUUCUUUGACCCUUGCCACUUGCUUAGGUUAGUGAGGAAUGCGUUUCAGAAUUUCCAGAGCAUCCAGUUUAUCAACGGCACAGCGCAUUGGCAGCACCUCGUGGAGUUAGUCACAUUCCAGGAACAGGAAUUGUCAAAUAUAGAGCGGAUCCCAAGAAAACUUGCAAGUUUGAAACACCACAUACUGAAGACGAACGGUGCCGCCCAGCUCUUCAGCGAGAGCAUGGCCAGCGCGUUGGAAUGUUUGCGGUCGUUGGGCCUGCCUCCUUUCCAGAACUGUGUGGGCACCAUCCAUUUCCUACGCUUAAUUAACAAUCUCUUUGACAUUUUUAAUAGUAGGAACUAUUAUGGAAAAGGACUCAAAGGACCCCUAGUACCUAAAACUUUCAAUAAAAUCAACCAUGUGCUAAUUGAAGCCAAGACUAUUUUUGUUACAUUAUCUGACUCCAACAAUAACCAGAUAAUUAAAGGUAAGCGAAAACUGGGAUUCCUGGGAUUUCUCCUUAACGCUGAGAGCUUACAGUGGCUCUACCAAAACUACGUUUCCCCCAAAGUCACGCCGUUUCCGUAUCUCCUGACGUACAAAUUCAGUCAAGAUCAUCUGGAGUUAUUUCUAAAGAUGCUUAGACAGGUUUUAGUAGCCAGUUCGAACCCUACCUGCAUGGCGUUCCAGAAAGCUUACCAUAAUUUGGAGACCAGACACAGAUUACAAGAGGAAGUUUUUCUAGGUGAAGUAAGCGUCCUUGACAUUUCCAUUGCUCGAAGGGCAGACUUGGCCCUUCGGACGGUUCAGCAGCAGUAUGAUGUCAGCGUCACAAAGACUCUCUUUCACAAAGAGGAUGUCUGCCAAGACUGGUCUGACCGUUUGCUAAGCGAGGCAUUACUAGACCUGUCCGAUCAUAGGCGAAGUCUCACCUGUUGCGCUGGUUAUAUUGCCAAUAAGUUGUCAGCUCUUUUAACAUGUGAGGACUGCAUCGGUGCCCUCUAUGCAUCGGAUCUCAAAGCCUCUAAAAUUGGAUCUCUUUUAUGUGUUAAGAAGGUGAAUGGCUUGCAUUUCCCUUCACAAAGUUUGUGCCAAGUCAUAAAUGUUUGUGAGCAAGUGGUAAGAACCCAUUCAAGAACGACAGCUUAUGAACGACUACUUCCUAAACAGAGGGAGUUUUAUCUUCAGCAGAAAAUAUUACAUGAGCUUUCUGGGCACAUUUAUCUUUUUGUAGAUCUAAACGAGCAUCUCUUUGAUGGCGAGGUCUGUGCCAUCAAUCACUUCGUAAAGUUGCUAAAAGAUAUCGUAGUCUGUUUCUUAAGGCUCAGAGCUGCAGGUGUAGCUCAGCGCCCUUUAAAACCCCAUCCAGAAAGACCCGACAUGAAAACUUUGUCGAGGAAACACUGGUCAGCGUUCCAGAAUUACAGAUGUUCAGGUUUUGCGAAUACCAGUAAAUGCAGGCAUUUGCUAAGUAACAAAGGAUGUCCAUUCAGAUGAAGGACCCAAAAUAUGCUAAAAUUUCUAUUUAAAAAAUCGGUCAACGUUUAUUUUAAAGUUCAACCUACCAUACUUUACAAAGUGACCAUUUUAUACAGUGGGCAAGUUUGCAGUUCGGGUUUAUUUGAAUUUCUGUGAUGCACAUUAUCUGCUUGGACUUCAGGCAGCGUUCCAGAGUCACCCCCAGUGCAGAAGGCAGUGAGUCAGUAGGAACAGACUAACCAACAAGUGUGGUCUUUGAGUAAUCUGACUGGACGUUCUGUAAAAACGAGAGAGAAUAAUGACAACGAGGAGGCCCCCAAUCACUGAUUCCUUUUCUGAAGACUGUCACCCCGAAAAGAGCUUUGGUUUACAGCUCUUGGGAAUAUUAACGGAAUAACCUCAUCAAACCUUGACUGUAAUCUCUACUUACCCAUGAAAAUUAAGAUACGGUUCAAAACUUAGGCUAAGUUAUAUGUCAAACCCCACAAAAAUCCUUUGGCCGGGGGACCCAGAAAUAGAAAUAAUUAUGCCCUAUCAAGGCAGAAGGUAAACACAUGAGCCAUGAGACGGCUUUGUGUUGCAACCAAACUGGAGAGUGUUCUCUUGGGAGGACAUAGGCGAUGUCAUUUCCACAAUCCAGUGUCCCUGGACUUCAAAAUACUACUUUGGAAGAACACGACAGAGGGGAUACUGAUUUGACUCCUACUGGGGGAACCCAGUGCUCAUCAGAGAAUGAAAAGAAGCCUUGAUUCAGCCACUCCUGAAGUCUGCUUGUGUUUGCAGGGAGGUUCAAGUCAUGAAACAUACAUAUAUUCAGUGUUGAAUAAGGGCAUUUCACAGCAUGCGAUUCGUUGGAAAAAGGUCAAUUGAGACAAUGAGCAUGACAGAAUUUGUCUUAAUUACACAAUGAGUUUUUUCAGAAAUUUAGGAGAAGCUUAAAUAUUCUGAAGCUGGGAACAUGCUAAGGACAGUUUUCUCCGCUCUCAGGUCUGGAAAGUCCAACAGAGAAACAUGUAGGUAUGUGUACUUUCACAAAAGGGGGAUUUUCAUGGAAAAAAGAAACCAGCACGCUAUUCACCUCUGUAAGUAAAAUAUCCACCCUUAUUGUCGCUGAGUGACUGUUCACAAAGUCUAGUUAAUGUGAAAACUUGAAAGUGGCAAAAGAUGAAUGACUAGGUGAAAGUUGAGUUUCAUUAACUGAAAUUCCCCCUACAUAGUGUAUUUUCCUGUAUUUCUUCUAGUUCUACCUCAGGCAAAAGCUUCAGUUGUGAGAUGCGACCAGAGGUGUACCGUCCUGCACUUUAUACACGAGCUGGCGCUGCCAAGUCUAAAUACGGUGGGGUUUGUUUGCAGUGAAGUGAGUUGAGAUGCACCAGGAUAAAUCGGAUUUCAAAGAAGCCUGUGUAUAAAUCACUACCUUUAAUAUGUUGCAUCUAUAAAUCCAAGUUUUGUGCUUGACCACUACUUAAAACCAGGUUCAUAUCUAGUUUUUAAUCUAUCACUUGGAUUAGGCGAUAGUUUCUCAACCAUGACACCAAAAGCACAAGCAACACAAAAGAAAUGGUAUUUCAUGAACAUUAAAAACUUACACUUCAAGGGAUACCAUCAAGAAAGUGAAAGACAACCCGUAGGAAAUUUUUUUGGCAUAUUGCAUGUCUGAUAAAGGACUUGUAUCUAAUAUGCAAAGCACUCCUGUAAUUCAGUACUAAAGGGCAAAUACCCCAGUUUUUUAACGGGGUGAAAAGACGUGAGUAGGCCUCCUUGAAAGGAGACGUGCGCCUGGCCGAGGGAGUGUGCAGGAGUGUGAGCUCAGCAUCGUCAGCCGCCCGGGAAACGCAAAUGAACACCACCGUGAGGUGCCCCUUCCCCCCCACCAGCUGGGCUGUCACAGAAAAGCCAAGUUGGCAGGAAUGUGGAGAAACUGGACCCCUCGUACCGUGGGCACGCACGCGCUUUGGAAGACAGCCGGGCGCUCCUUCCCAAGGUUAAACGAAGGUUAAACGUGCCGCCGGGCAUGGCCUCGAGAGAAGCGUGCAGCUGUCGUGGGAGAAUUCGGACAGCUCGAGGGAAAGCCCGGGCGUGCUGCGGCCACUGAUGAAGGGACAAACGCACAAGUACGUUGCACCCAUACAGUGGGUCACGGGAACGUGAGCUCUAAUUUGCAACAAACCGCCUCAACUGGUGUCUUGCAGACUGAGGUGUGAACCGUGCUGUGCUUCAGCAGGCACGUGUGGAGACGGGUUCCUCUCUCCCUCCUGCCCGGUGCUCGGGCGCCUCAGGGUUUUAUUUCGCAGCCGAUCUAAUGGCUGGGCGGUGAGGUCUCGUCGCGGCCCCACGUCCACGUAGAACAGUGGACGUGACUGAGGACGCCGGACACCGUUUCACAGGCUUAUUCGCUGCGCACACAGUCUUGGCUGACGUGUCUGUUGAGGUCUUUUUGGUCCAUGUUUUAGAAGGCUGGUUGUCGUCCUACUGAAGGUUAGUUAUAUAUUCUGGAUCAAAGUGUAUUAUCAGAUGUCUUGCAAAUAUUUUCUCCUAUGGCUUUUAUUUUGAGGCACAGUUGAUUUACAACAGUACAUAAGUUUCAGGUGUACAACAUACCGGUUCACGAUGUUUAAAGUCAUAAUGUGACUUUUGCUUUUUCAGCGUGUUCCGAAGAACAGCCAGUUUUGACAGAUCUCCACUUAGUUUCUUUUUUAGGGAUCAUACCUCUUAGGUUCGUAUCUAAGCAAAUCUUUGUCUAAACCAAGGUCCUUGAUUUUUCAUUUAGGUUAUGACCCAUUUUCAGCUAUUUUUGGUGUGGUGUAAGUUCAUAUUUUUAAAUAUGGCUAUCCCAGCGUCGUGUUAAGAGGACUGUUCUCUUCCCAUGAAUUUUACCUUUGAGCCCUUGUUAAAAAUUGACCACAUAAAUAUGAGCUUAUUUCUGUGCUCUCCGUUCUGUUCACUUUGUUCUGAGGUCUUUCGCCAUCACCACACUAUCUUGAUUAGCCUUAUAUAAGUUUUGAAGUAGGGUGGGAGUCCUUCCAACUUUGUUCUUUAAAAAAAAAAAAAAAUUUUUGUCUAUCCUAGUUGUGCCUUUCCAUUAUAAAUUUUAUCAUCAGCUUGUUCUUACAAAAAUUCCUGCGGGGAUUUCUGACUGGAGUUAUCUUGGAUCUGUAAUUGGGGAGCAAGGACAUCUUAAUACGGAAUCUUCAGUCCAUGCGCAUGAUUAUAGUAAAAUUUAAGAGCCUCUUUGAUUUUUUACAUCAGUAUUUUUACAUUUCACAGAGACCCUGUGUACGUUUUUGUUACAUUUCAUGUUCCGGGUGCUGCUAUGAACUGUGACUUGAGAGGUUGUUUCCAGUGUUCAUCGCUGCUACGUGGAAAUACACGUCUCCACAUGCUAAUGCUGCGACACUCACUCAUUAGCCCUCGUCCCUUCUGAUUGCUGCUUUGAGUUUUCUGUAUAGGCAAUCAUAUCACAUCAUCCACAAAUAAAUGGUUAUAUUUAUUCACUCCCACUCUAUGGCCUUAAAAAACAAGAUCUUUGUGUACAGUGACCUCAAACAUGACGCUGAAGGAGUGUCUGGUUCCCAGUCUUAGGGGAAGCCUUCCGUCCUCGCCCCUCCCAUGAUGUCGGCUGGAGCCUCUUUUGCUGAGGAUCCUUCUCUUCCCAAUUUGCUCAAGUGGGUUUUAGGGGCUUUUGUUUUUUUCUUUUUAGGGCUGCACCUGCAGGAAAUGGGAGUUCCCAGCCUAGGGGUCGAAUUAGAGUUAAAGCUGCCAGCCUUUAACCGGAUCAGAGCAGGGUGUGCGACCUACACCACAGCUCACGCCAGAUCCCUACCCACUGAGCGAGGCCAGGGGUCAAACCUGCAUCCCCAUGGAGACUAGUCAGAUUCGUUUCCACUGAGCCACAACAGGAACUCCCAGUGUCUUUUGGUUUUGUUUUAGUCAUAAAUGGGUGUUGUGCUUUGUAAGAUGAUUUUUCUGCACUUUUUUGAAAAAAAGAAUUUUGAGAUAUGCUCUCCAUAGCAUAUAAUCUAGUAUUGUUGGUCUAUUCAAAAGGUUCUUUGCUGCAGCUUUUGAAAUGAUCAUGUAAUUUUUCUUCUUUUGCACGCUGACACAAUGAACUACACUGAUUUUUUUUUUUUUUCCUUGAAUGCUGGGUCAGACUUUUACUUCUGGAAUACACCCAACCUGGUCAUGAUAUAUGCUUUUAAUAUAUUGCCAGGUUUCACUUACUAAUAUAAAUUAUAGUCUGUACCUUAUAAUAACAGCUCCCUGAAUAUACUUUCUUAUUGCUUUUGAGUAAACUCAAAAUUCCUUAAACACUUUCAUAAAACACUUCUAAGACAAAAUUUGAAAGACCUUAUAACUUACAGUUUAUAAAAUCACUUGGGGAGUUUCCGUGGUGGCACAGCAGAAAUGAAUCUGACUAGGAACCAUGAGGUUGUGGGUUCAAUCCUGGCCUCACUCAGUGGGUUAAGGAUCCGGCAUUGCCGUGAGCUGUGGUGUAGGUCGCAGACACGGCUUGGAUCUGGUGUUGCUGCGGCUGUGGCGUAGGCCGGCAGCUACAGCUCCGAUUGGACCCCUAGCCUAGGAACCUCCAUAUGCCGCAGGUGCGGCUCUAAAAAGACAAAAGACAAAAAAAAUCACUUGGAUUGUUUACAAAACACUCAAAUUUGGUCUAUAGAUGAGGAUAAAAUGUGCAUUACAUGAACCCAUCAAGGGAAAAAGUUAUUUACAUAAUAAUAAAAAAAUAACACAGUAAGGGCUUUUGAGCUGACUGGCUUCCCUCUCCAGAAUUCCGAUGUAAAACACUGAAGGGAUGCGGUAUGAUCACACGUAGAGCUGGUUUGAGCUGUAGUUACGUAACAAGCAUUCAUUUUCUAGCUAUUUGCGUUCUAAAACAAUACAAAUAGGAAACUUUCCUAAAGGUGUCUUUAUUCACAUUUUACAUAAGAGGAGAAAAUGUCCGCUGUCCGCGUCCAGGAACGGGGACGCGAGAGCAGGAGUCCCUCCCCCAGAGUCGCUGCUCUACUUGGCUCGUUACGUGGGACAUGCGGUUUCUGUUCCCGCAUGGACCAGAGAUCAGACCGCUGCUUUUAGUCCGUGAGAGGAAAGGAAAUUCAGAAAGGUGCUCCCCACAAGAACAUCAGAUAUGGAGAGAAAAGAAAGAGUGGACUGACCUUCUGCCCUUGAAAGAAACAGUGGAAACAAGAGAACUUCUCAUCUCAAAGCAAUUGAUGUUAGUGAGAAGUGGGCAAAACGACACGUUUAUCUUUUAGUUGUACGCUUUCAAUGUCAAAUGUACUUGAUAUCAGACAUUUUAAAAAGUUUCUUGCAUCUUAAUGGUUAAAAGUGAUGUUAUUAAAGAAAAAAUGCAAAACUUUUUUUUUUACAGAAUAGUAUAAAUGUUUAUUUUCUGUAUGAUUUCCUUUGCUGUCCUGUUUUACAAUAUAGAAAAGUGUAUUCUUUGAAUAGCUCUAGUAAAUAUAAAUUUAAUCUUUCUACUUUGGGAUGUAAAUAGAGCUAAAAAAAUUAUAUACCCAACCCUCCCCCCAAAUAGUCUUUUAAAAUUGUUGAAUUAAUGCGGAUAUUAAUCUUGUUCAGCAAUUUGAUGCAAAUGCCUACAUACAAAAAGUUUAGUAAGUACUACACAGGAAGGAAAGGCUUAAUACUUUAGAUAGAUAGCUUCUUGAAAAUCAGAAAAACUAGUAGCAUUUGAUUGCACCUUCAAAUUUUUACAAGCAAAACAUUUUCAAGCAAGGCUGUCAUACAUAAUCUACAAUUGUAAUCCAAAUUUCACAAACAUUUUAUGCACACUGUAUAUAAAUACACAUCACAAAGGUGCAAUUAGAAUUAAACACAGAGUAUGUACAAAAUGAACAAAGUUUAGGUUUAGACCAAAAAGGUAUUGUAAUCUUUUGAAAAAUAACUUGAUUAGAUAUUAUUUUAUCCUCUUACACUAAUUUACAUUUAUACAAAGUUUAAUUAAGUGUACUAGAUUGAGGUGCUAAGAAUGUCUGCACUAUCUACAUUUAAAGUUACUGCACUGUCAUUUUAUAAACCCAGGCUUCAAAGGAAGGUCCUUUUGGAUCGCUUCGUUUCUGCUGCCUAUAUCUUGCAUGUUCGUAUGAACAUAUAUACACACUUAAUACAUACAACUAUAGAUUCCUUGUAGGAAAUGUAAUAAUCAUAUACUAAUAAUUACUGGGGAUCAAGGUACCUAACAAAAUGCCUGAAUUCCAACAUGGUUUUUUCCCAUCAUAAAAUCCAGAGUCCUAUUAUAACAGGCUCUUAAAUUCAUAAAGCUUCUGAAUUCUGAACUGCUGAAAAUGAUUUCGGUUAUCUUAGUAAUUAUAUGAGAAACUCAUACCAUUAGCUCACCAAAUCACUGGCUAAAAAUAACGCCGUGUUAAGCUUCCCGUAAAAAAGAAAUCCCACUACAAUUCUGAGAGCUUUGUUAGUUAGGAGGCCCAUUUCAGUAAAUCAAGUAAGAGUCAUAACGUUGGUUUGAACCCUCUUAGUUCAAAAGUCUGUAAAGAGAGCUGUUUCUAUAGAUGAAAAAUCCUCUAAAUUCAUCUCUUAGACCUUCAGUAUUGAUUUCUCCAUCCAAGCCAAAUCUUUACCCGAUAAAUAGGUAAGGUUCUGUUAUCACUACAUAAUAGGUUUACUUCUAUUCAUAUGCAAGGCUCAUUUUAAUAGUACCCCGUAACCACUGACAAUUUAUUAUUCUGAAUACAUACCGCCUCCUUGAAAGAAAAUGGAAAUAUCCCAAGCAUUUCUUCGUCACUCCUUAUAUAGAAACAAACUGUCUGCCUUUGAGAAUUAUUUACUGUCCCUUAACACUGUAUGUUUU